CUCAGCCUCCCCUCUCUCCCUCGCCCCGCUCCAUCCCCGGCCUCGCCGCCGCCCGCCGGGCAGGGACCGGAGCUCGGAGCUCGGCAUUCCCGCAUCCUCCCCGGGUGGCCCCGCGGGGUGGGAAAGUUGCGAGCGCUGGUGGGGGAAGAGCGGCAGGAGUGAGCGCCGAGGUGCCAGCAGAGCCCGAGUCCCGGACAGCCCGUCCCGGCCGCCCCAUCCCUCCGGGGGACGGGGACAGCGCGGGGAACGCUGCUGCCGGCGGGUUGAACCGGAGGCGUCCUGGGCAUCGCUGCGGGAAGGCAGCGGGAGAACCCCGGGGCUCGCUGCGGGACCCCGCAGGGAGACAUUCCCAGCUGGGAAACUUGGAGCCCGGCGGGGUGCGGUGCCCGGCUCUCCGGGAGGGGGCUGUGUUUUGGGGAGGGGGUUCGGCAGCAGCAGGAGCUUAUUGCAGUGUCCUGGUGCGCCCGAGGGCGUGCGGGGGACAGGGAAAGUUGCGGGGACCCUCAGGUGCCGGCGCGCCGGGGGAUGCGCUGCCCCGCUCUCACACCUGCCGCAGGUCCAAGGAGCUAAUAAAGGAAGCGAUCCUUGACAAUGACUUCAUGAAGAACCUGGAAUUGUCCCAGAUCCAGGAGAUUGUGGAUUGUAUGUACCCCGUGGAGUAUGGCAAGGACAGCUGCAUCAUCAAGGAGGGAGAUGUGGGUUCCCUGGUCUAUGUCAUGGAAGAUGGGAAGGUUGAAGUGACAAAAGAGGGAGUGAAGCUCUGCACCAUGGGACCUGGCAAAGUUUUUGGGGAGUUAGCUAUCCUCUACAACUGCACCCGGACAGCUACUGUCAAAACUCUCGUAAAUGUGAAACUUUGGGCUAUUGAUCGGCAAUGUUUUCAAACAAUAAUGAUGAGGACUGGCCUCAUCAAGCAUACCGAGUAUAUGGAAUUUUUGAAAAGCGUUCCCACAUUCCAGAGCCUUCCCGAGGAGAUCCUCAGUAAGCUUGCAGAUGUCCUGGAAGAGACUCACUACGAGAGUGGAGAGUACAUCAUCCGCCAAGGGGCUCGAGGGGACACCUUCUUUAUCAUCAGCAAAGGAAAGGUGAACGUCACCCGGGAGGACUCUCCCAGUGAAGAUCCUGUCUUUCUCCGCACUCUGGGGAAGGGGGAUUGGUUUGGAGAAAAAGCCCUCCAGGGGGAGGAUGUCAGGACAGCCAACGUCAUCGCAGCUGAAGCAGUCACUUGUCUGGUCAUAGACAGAGACUCCUUCAAGCACCUGAUCGGGGGCCUGGACGACGUCUCCAACAAAGCCUAUGAGGAUGCAGAAGCAAAAGCAAAAUACGAAGCCGAAGCUGCCUUCUUUGCCAACCUGAAACUGUCGGAUUUCAACAUCAUCGACACCCUGGGAGUCGGAGGGUUCGGGAGAGUGGAGCUGGUGCAGCUGAAGAGCGAGGAGGCCAAGACGUUCGCCAUGAAGAUCCUGAAGAAGCGGCACAUCGUGGACACGCGGCAGCAGGAGCACAUCCGCUCCGAGAAGCAGAUCAUGCAGAGCGCCCACUCCGACUUCAUCGUCAGGCUCUACAGGACGUUCAAGGACAGCAAGUACCUGUACAUGCUGAUGGAGGCCUGCCUCGGGGGAGAGCUCUGGACAAUUCUCAGGGACAGGGGUUCAUUCGAGGAUUCCACCACCAGGUUUUACACGGCGUGCGUGGUGGAAGCCUUUGCCUACUUGCAUUCCAAAGGGAUCAUUUAUAGGGACCUCAAGCCAGAGAACCUCAUUCUGGAUCACCGAGGUUAUGCCAAGCUGGUCGAUUUUGGCUUUGCAAAGAAAAUAGGAUUUGGAAAGAAAACAUGGACUUUUUGUGGCACCCCGGAGUACGUAGCCCCCGAGAUCAUCCUGAACAAAGGUCACGACAUUUCGGCAGACUACUGGUCCCUGGGAAUCCUGAUGUAUGAGCUCCUGACUGGCAGUCCCCCUUUCUCAGGCCCAGACCCCAUGAAGACCUAUAACAUCAUAUUAAGGGGAAUAGACAUGAUUGAAUUUCCAAAGAAGAUUGCCAAAAAUGCUGCUAACUUAAUUAAAAAACUAUGCAGGGACAAUCCAUCAGAAAGAUUAGGGAACUUGAAAAAUGGAGUGAAAGAUAUCCAAAAGCACAAAUGGUUUGAAGGCUUUAACUGGGAAGGGUUACGGAAAGGGACACUGACACCUCCCAUAAUCCCAAGUGUCGCAUCUCCCACGGACACAAGCAACUUUGACAGCUUCCCAGAGGACAGUGACGAGCCACCCCCUGACGACAACUCAGGAUGGGACAUAGAUUUUUAAUGUUAUUUCUCUUACCUGCUUCUGCCUUGCUGAGGACAGCUUUUCCUGGGACGUGGCUGCCAGCGGAACGGGAAGACCGGAAUCGGGGAGGAUUCGUGCUCGGGGUCACCAUGAUGCCUUGAUUGAUGCUGCUCCAGUAACUCCAGUGGCAUUAGGACUUCUUGCUUAGUGACAAUAGUGCUCUCCAUGUUUUCUGUUGGAACGUGACCUGGCGUGGGCAUGGUGGUCCUGACACAGAGCCUUGCUCCGGCACAGAACUCCUCUUCUGUGGCCACAGAGAUCCUGGCACACUCUUGAUUAGCAGAGUGAGAGAUCCCUAGAGUAAGAGGCACUUAAUUCCAGCUGCUUUUUCCGUAGGAUCAGUAGUAACUUAUGAAGUGCUGCAGCUACUCCAGUGCAGGAUUUGGGCUAUUCCCACUCUCCGAGCUCCGCAAGGCAACGUUGGAGCCCAGGAGGAGCACGGGCAAAGCACUCCUGUCAAAGCAAAAAGUGGGAAAUAUGUCCUUUUCCUUUCCUAGCAGUAUUCCUGACAAGACUGAAUGUUCCCUUUCCUCUUUGUUUUGGAAACAUUUUGGCUCAGCCUGGUCAAAAAAAAGCACAACUGUUGCAGAUGCUGUCAAGGCAGAGGCUGGGUCGCUUCCCUCACAUGGCAGCACCACCUUUGGGCUUCAGUUCUCCUUUCCCUUGGUACCAACACAUACAUGGAAAGAGAAAAUUGUGGAAUGAAUCCAUUGUACAUCUACUGAUCCAUUGUACAUCCACUGAUCCAUUGAUCUAUUGUACAUCCAUUGAUCCAUUGUACAUCUGUUGAUCCAUUGUACAUCCACUGAUCCCUUUCACACCUAUUGAUCCAUUUCACAGUGCUCCAGUCAUGGUCCUGAGCAAAGCAACAGCAGCCCACAGUCUGAUUAGGUAUAAAAUUAAGGAUAACUUGGAGCUUUUUUAGGCUCAAAGGGAAAAGCAUGAGACCUGUGAUGUCCUCUCGAGGUGCUACAUCCAUCCCUCACCUGGGAAGAAACCUGUCCCUGACCCAUCCUGUCAGGAAUAUGUAGCAGAGGCUCCGUUCUUCCUUUUGGUGAUUCCGUGUCUCCAUGUUUGCAUCUCUUCCGUGUUUAAAGAAUCUCAUUAAAAUAGAAAUCCUGGGCCAGUCUGCUGGCUCUGGUGGAACAUUGCCAGUAGUCCUGAUGCCUCUCCAGGCUAAGGAGCUCCACAGGAAAGUCAGUGGAAUUCAAUGGGAAGUGGAUAUUAGAAGAUCCCUGUGAGGUCUCCAGUGUGCCAGGUCCAUGGGACUGUGUUUAACACAGGGAUGGCCAAAUCCAUAUGGAAAAAUGAACUAGGGAAAACAAUAUUAUCAGGAUAUGCUUUUCCCUCACUUCUACUGCUUUUCCUUUGCUUGAAUUCCCUCCUCUGGUUUAUAGAGUGCAGCAGAGGGAUCCUGUCCUGGGUACCCAUUUGUGGCAUACAGGACUGAAAGUUUAUCCCAUUAUCCAACAGGAAACAUCAGCUUUUGGUCUCUCUGAGAGACCUGGCCCCCAAAAAAAUCACAGAAUCAUGGAAUGAUGGAAUGGUUUGGGUUGGAAGGGACCUUAAAGGUCCUCUCAUUCCAUUCCACCCCUGCCAUGGGUGAGCAGGUGCUGCCUUCUUUAAUCUCAGCUGCCAAGAGCUGACCGUGGAAAGAUCAAGUCUUGCUGACGAGGACUUUUCCCACAUAUUACAUGGAAAAGGUCUGUUUGAGCAGUAAAAAAACCCUUCCCUGAUGCUAAGUCCCAACUCUUUUGCAUGUUUUUCAUUAAAGGAUGUAAUCAAAAGGGUAUUCUGACAGUGUGGGCCGUGUCUGCUUUGGUUCAACAUGAGCUGGGUCGUGUGGCACCUUUGAAACCAGUCUGGGGCUCUGCAAUUCCCUCUGUUUCCCAAAGGGUGAGGCCACACCUCUGGCACAGUCACUUCUGCUGUUCUUUAACCAUUAAAACUUCGUUUGCCUUCAAAAUCACAGGGAAAAGGCAGCACCUGCUGGCUUUUCCACCUUUCUCCAAGGGAUGGACAGCACUGAGAGCCAAGGCUGAGCAUGAGGGCUAAAACAUUCACCAGGCAUCUUAAACAGGCCUAACAGCCAAAUGCUUCCCUCACAUCCCCCUGGAUUUUCACUCCAUGGGGACAGCUUCCUCUAGGAGUUUGUCCCAGGAUGGUGACACCUGGUGCAAUUGGCAGGCAAGGAGGGCAAAGCACCGCAAGGAUUUGGGGAUCAACCUGAAAACGUUGAAGAAAGGAGGGUCUGGAAUGGGCUGAGAAGUUGGGUUUCAUUUUCCUGUUCCUUUUUUCCUUGUGCCAGGCAUGGGAAUUGACACCUGCAGUGUGCACUGUGCUCUGAGUUUAUUUUGAUAUCAAACACCUCACUCAACUUCCAUGGCCUCUCCUGAGCAUUAACACUUUGCAUAUGUAUAUGAUAAGCCUUCAGUUAUAAUAAUAUAUUUAAGUUGCUUUAUAUAUAUCUCUAUAUAUCCACAACAAGGGAUUGCCUCUGUGUUUCCACCUCCUGUCCUUAUUUGUUUGUCUCCUUUCCUGAUCUAUGGGACGACAGCGUUUUUAGGGAAGGGGGAAUUGCCUCCCAUGUUUCCAGAGGGGGCUUUGAUUGGUGUUGUGGCUUCUCCUGGAGCUGCAUUGCCCACAGCAAACUCUUCUUCAACAACAGGACCACGAGCAGAUAUUUCUGUAAAUAGGUAUUUUCGUGUCGAUGUUUUGUGGGUCACACAGAACUUUCUGUUCCUUUCCAGUUCCAUGGCAUUAUUCCUUCAUUUCCUUAUUUGUAAUGUAAUGUUUUUAGGUCGAGGUAGACUUGAAUUAAUGUCAUAUUUGUCAGUAUGAUUAAACUUUCUGUCAGCUGUCCUGUUCACCCACCUGUCCCAUAGUUCUAGAACGUCACUGGCUAUCUGGCAUUGUUGCAAGUGCCUUAAAUCCAUGGCAUCUUAUUGAAAAAACAAAAAAGACAAAUUUGGUGUUAUGCUGCAUGACAAAGACAAACACACCUCAAACUGUCGUCCUUUCUUAGCU